AUGUCCUUGAGUUUAUCGAAAGUGAGCAAUUCUUAUUUUAGUAAGCUUUUUCUUUCUAAUGAUGAGUCCGCCGUAUCUAGGGACUCUAGGGCAAAGGUUUUGCUACUCGACAAGUUUACAACAUCAAUCAUAUCUAUGUGCUACACGCAAUCACAACUACUCGAGCAUGACAUCAUCUUAGUUGAAUUGAUAGAAAACCAAAAUAAGCUUAAUAUGAUGAAGCAUUUAAGCUGUAUUGUUUAUAUUAAGCCUACAAAAGAAUCUAUCCAAAGUCUAAUCAGGGAGCUCAACAAACCACACUUCAGCAACUAUAAACUCUUCCUUAACAACAUUAUUAGUAAAACUCAAUUAGAAUCCUUGGCAAAUGCAGAUGAAUUUGAAGUCAUAAGUAAAGUGAUAGAAAUAUUUCAAGACUACUUAAUUGUCAACGACAACCUAUUCAUGAUUAAUUUAGAGAAUGCUACUCAAAAUCAGACUAUUGAAGAAAGUAAUAGCAUCUCCAGUUUGCUUUUGUCUUUAAGAAAAUGUCCGCUUAUAAAAUACGAGUCAACGUCAUUCGAAUUAAAAAAGCUCAGCUCCGAGAUCCUUUAUAACAUAAAUUCAAAUACGAAUAAUAACUUGUUUGAUGAAUUGAAUCAAGCUCUGGAUGUUCCCCCACUACUUUUGUUGUUAGAUAGAAAAAAUGACCCUAUAACACCUUUGAUAUCUCCUUGGACAUAUCAGUCUAUGAUCCAUGAACUCAUAGGUAUCAAUAGGAAUAUUGUGGUUUUGAGUGACAAGGAGCAGUUAACCUUGUCUGAAGACCAAGACAAAUUUUUUCAAGAAUCGAUGUAUUUGAACUAUGGAGACUUGACUGAAAAGUUUCAAGCGUAUGUUGAAGAAUACAAAAAGCAGACAAAGCAAUCCUCAAUUGAUAAUCUCAAGACACAAAACUUAUCAGAAUUGAAAAACAUGUUGACCAAGUUUCCAGAAUAUAGAAAGUUGUCAAAUAAUAUUUUAAAGCAUUUGAACUUGAUAAGUGAAAUCGAUAAACAGAUCUCAGAUCAAAACCUUUGGGAAGUGGGCGAACUUCAGCAAACAAUCAUUUGUAAUUUGGAAAGUCAGCUGUUUUUGAAAUCAAAAUUACUUCAAGUUUUAGAUAACAUCCAAAUUUCAACUGUCAACAAGUUGAAAUUGAUCUUACUAUAUUCUGUUAGAUUCAACAAUAUGGAAGACUUGAAUCACUUUUCGUCAAAGCUUAAUGAUCCUUUGAUCACCAGCCCACUUCCUACAGUUUCACAAAAUGGUUUGAUAAAAAAGUUCAGAAAACUUUUCAGCUCAAAUAUAACCUCCAAUACAAGCAACAAUAACAAUAAUAAUAUCGGUAAUAUAUUCAAUAAUCAGAGGAUCAAGAUCAAUCAGUUGUUUAAUCACAACUCGAGUCAAUCCACUAAAACGGACAAUAUCUAUAUGCAAUAUACUCCAAAACUUCAUGAAAUUUUGAAUAAUGUUCUUAAUACCGAUGCUCAGAGGAAUGAUCAAACACUAAGCAAUUUGUCAACCGUCAUACCAGAUAAUGUUUCAAAUCAGUAUGGAGGACGCGUUGAUGGAUAUUCAGCUCAAGAUAUCAUAAUAUACAUAAAGGGUGGCGUGACGUACGAAGAAGCAAGAUUGGUGCAUGAAUUGAAUGAAUCAAACAACAGUAUUAAUUUAGUGAUUGGUGGAGAUUGUAUUUUGAAUAGUAGUCAAUGGUUAUCAAAAUUAUACGAUUUAGUAAAUGAAUCGUGA